GUCCGUCGAGAAUUUGGCAAGAGAAGAAAGAAGUUGAUCGGUGGUCGGUGGUCAAUUUUGUCUCUCUUCGUAGUGUUUUAAUUUCGAUUUGUGUGUUUCACGCAAAUAAUUGAGAUGUCGGCGGGAUGGGGCAGUCUGCCUCUCCUCCCGCUCAGAUGCGUGCUGGAUCAUCUGAGCACGGAGGAUGCGCUCGCGGCACUGUCCACCUGUCGCCACUGGCGGAGCGCAGUCUUGUUAUACGAAGGACGAAAAGAGACACUGAAGCUACGAGUGAAGCAUCUAGAGAAGAACCUCUUUGUGACUCGGUUGUUCAGGAGGUACACAAGGAAACUGCACAUUUACAUCGACAACUGCGGGGAGGACCUGGAUAAUUUCAUGAACUAUGUCCUACCACAGUUUUUUGACACACAGAAGUUGCAAGAAUUAGUAUUCGUCGGGCCAACUUAUAUGCUACAGAGCCCAAAUACACCAGUUGCCAAACUAAAUCGAAUAAUAACUGAGAGCUUGUUGUACAAGAACAUGCACUGCUUACAAAAGCUGUCUCUAUUGGGUUGUGAAAUGGGGACAGUGAAGAACGAAAACGACCGAUACACGCACAAAAAUGUCGAGUACUAUUCGCGGUCAUUGUCUUUCAACAUAGUUCCUUCACUCGACGACACAGUACUGUCGAGGUGUAACGCCAGCGUCAUGGCGUUCUCUACAUUGAAACAUAUAGUUCUAGACUACGAUCGAAUGAGCACGGAAACGCUAGAAACUUUGUCAGAACUAAGUCAAUUGUCCGAGUUGACACUAAACAUCGGUCUCCGAAGACCUCCGACUUUACCAGAUGUGGACUGGCGCCGCGCGAACUGCAGUUUACGUGUGGCUUUAAAUAUUAUAUCUGCACCACAGAAAGUGUUCAAUGAACUUAUGGAGAAAGUAUUUGUAGAAGGCUUGCCGUUGGUCUCGCUCAAAGUCAUGUUUUGUAAGACUUUACACUCGGACGUGUUGCAACGCGUGGUGCGUUUAUACAAGGCGAGUCUGCGCGAGCUGGUGUGGGCCGACGCGCCCUACGACUCCGCGGAUGUAUUCCACAGGGUGCUCAGGCAGCAGCGCGUCGUGGAAGAGUUCGCAAUGUGUAACGUCAACCCGUUGAUAUUGCUGUGCUGGCAGUGUACACAUCUACGGAGGCUAGUUAUCCACGGCUACUGGGUUUGGCAUUACGACUUGCUCGGCUUCGUGCGUCUGCGCAAGUCGCUGCGGGAGCUGGAGAUAUCCGCCAUCUACAACAAGGAGAACCGCUUCAGCUCCGCCAUCUGCACCAACAGCCUGGUGCGCGUGCUCACUCGCGACACGCAGAAACCGCUCGACGCUGAAUACGUGCAGGAAGUGAACUCUUACACGGAGUUCGCGUGGUCCCCGGUGCCGUGGGAGCGCCUGCACCCCGCGCUGCGUCCGCGCGCGCUCGCCGCGCAUCGCGCGCAGUACGUGCUGAGGGAGACCAACCGCGCAUUCUAAGCAAAACAAAUGAAGAAUCGUCGACAUGUGUGAUGAGUUCCGCCACACGAAGUUACCUGCGACAAACAAUGUUAACUCGUAAGACCUUCCAACGAUAUUCCAAAAAUAUAUAUAUUUAUACACCUUUACUAUGAAAUAUCUUCAAAUACUUUUGACAUCGUUAAGAAUUUUGUAAAAUGUUAUCAUCAAGCAAAUCGCGCUAAACUUCUAGUUCGCAAUAAAAUAUAAUCAUUCGUACAGCUCGUACAGUAUAUAUGUUAUUUUAUAAUGUGUCUAAACUAGCAAUAGGAAAGUUAAUAGUAGGCCACCGAGUGUCGACUAUGAGGCGAAGACUAAAAUAUAUAUCAUUCGCAUUAUGUUCGGAGCGAACUAAAAGUUUGGCGCGACUUGUACCAGUGGAAAUACUCGUAAUUAAAUAUAUAAUCUCAAAGUAGCUAUUCCAAGUUAGCAUUGCGCGCUCUAUUCCCAAAUCCACACAUCAAUUUGUAUAUGAAAAAUUGGGAGAAAGGCGCUUGUAAUGUUUCUUCUUUCUUUGAUAUGAUACUCUGAACUGACGGUAUCGGGUAGUUUUCCACUGGCGCAAUGUAAUGCGAAAAUGGCGACCUUUACGACUACAAGUAAACAAAAUAUCGUGUCGUUUCCACUUAUCUUUUUAAUAUUGAUAAAAACUAGAUUUAUUCAACAUUUGAAAUAAAGUAUAAUACAAUAUGUUAAUAUAAAAUAUAUAAGCAUUAAUGCAAUGUUAUAUUAUAUAAUCGAAUAUACUUAUUAGUUUUUAUUAAGGUCUUCGUAUAUUAAAUACACUUGACGCCGAGUCUACUCCGACUCCACUCCGACUCGACUAACAGUAAAGCGUGGAAAUGUAAGCUUUAUAUUGUAUUCCUUAAGGUAGAGUUUUCAAUGUGUAAUUGUAAAAAUUGUACGACACUUGGACCACGCAUUGUCCACGCAUCUUUCUUCUUCCACAAUUCAAAAUUUUUGAAAUUGCACCGUAAAGAACAGGGUAUAAAGCUCACUUUUAUAUGCUUUACUGUGAGUUGAGUCGGCGUCGAGUCUGUGUAAGACUUUUAGAAUGACUUAAAAGUGUUAUAUACCAACUAUUUCAUAUUUAUUACUUUAAAUUCUUCCUACAUCAAUAUUAAAAAGAUAUUUUAUAAUUUUAAAUUAUAAUCUUUAAAUUUAAAAAUCUCUUGUUAUAAUCGGGUAUCGGGUUUUUCAAAAUUUGAGUCUUUUCUAGUUAAUAAAAUUUUUAGGCGUAAGAUAUAUCGUUAGAAAUGAAAAAUAUCGUUAAAAUGAAAUAUUUACGUUGUCACCUUCAACCUAAUCCGUUUCAAAUUUUUACAAUAUAAUUGUUAUUAAGUAUUCAAUGAAUUAGGCCUAAAAAAUUGUCUCGAAUAUUUUCCAAACGACAUGCGAAACCCUCAUGUCUUCAUUGACCUAUUUGUAAAAGUUAAUCAAACUUAAAACAAUAUUACGAAAGUUCCUUUACAUAGAAUAAAAAAAAGUAUUAAAGGUAUACCAACAUUUUACGAGAAAUCUAAUACUUGAAACUUUUAAAGCCGUGUACACACCAAUAAAAAAUUGCAUCAUGUUUAAAAGUUUGCACGCGGCGUAAAUAUUUUGGAUGCAAACUCGAAUUUCUACGUAAAUUACGUUCUACACUGACGAAAGUUAUGCUUCAAUGCUAUUUUAGUCGUACACUGCGCACAAGGCUAACUUUAAGUGUUGCUACACACUCGCUUAAGUUACGUCGCUGAAAGUUCGACGACUAAAUUUUUGGUCGUAGUCUACGAUUGGUACGAUACAUCUUUUGUGAAAAAUGCGUUGAAACGUACGCCAUGAAACUUUACGUAGCUAUUUUCAUACAGAACAUGGCGGCAGUGUUCCGACAGCUACGCGCGUCGAUCUUUUAGUCGAAUCAAGCGUUGUGAUGUGUCGCUUGGUAUACAAAAUAAUUUGAAUGCGUUCCGGCCAAAAUAAUCGCUGGACAAAAGAUAACGAGAGAAAGCGCCGUAAAUUUAGUAGACGUUGUAACUUAAUAGACAUUGCGAGCGUAUUCAGCCGAACUUACGGCGAGGUAAUUUACGCAAUCUUUUCGCAGUAGUUAUCGGUGUGGACGCGGUUUUAUUCUGCACUUAGUAAAUAUUUCAAUAUAUAAUCUGUAGCUGUUAAAACACAGAGCAUGUAAAUAUAUAGCUUUACACAGCGUUUAGCGAAGGAAAUCGAGCCUUUGAAGCCGAGAAAACAAAUCGAGUACCUUAAAACAAAUGUAUAAAAACAAUUACAUUAUGGUUAAGUCAUAGUCAAAGUCAAUUUUCACCAAAUUACUAACAGAGUGUUUAUAUGUAUAAAAAUAAUAUUUCAUCUGUGGUCAUAAACUUGUGCAAAUGAACAUACUUGUAUGCCCAAAAAAUUCUGACGUACGCCCAUGUGCAUACAUUUCGUACUAGAUCCCGCAGGCAUACCACAAAGUGCCAGAAUAUUGUCGGAUGGGAUAUACGCUUCUGAUAUUCGCAAAAUGAGUGGGACAGAAUGUUUCAGAAAAACAAUUUCUGACUAUGAGCGGCCGGCGUUAAGCAAACAUUAGAUAAGUGAUUAACAGUCAAUGGACAAAAUGAAAUUCAUCAGGAAAAAAGAACAACAAAAAAUAGCGAAAAUUUUUCCAUCCUGAUGUACGUAUAAAUAAAACAAAUUCAUUCACAAGCUAAUGACAACAGAUGAAGAAAAUAAAAAUUCGAAAAAAUAGAGUUUCCUAGUAAUUUCUAAUAUGUGUAGUAGUGAAUUGAGAAUCGCCGAAUGAUAUGUUUACUGGCAACAUCUCUCAAAAGAAUUACGAAUUUAUCGCGUAGUUGAAAACAAGCUGAAGCGAGAGCGCGCCAAAUUUUGCCAAGAAUCGCCCGUGGAAUAUUAUUUAAAGAACUGUGCGAUUCUUUAGUAUGGCUUUACGCAGGCAAGACAUGUUGUUUGAUAAAACACGAAAUAACGUGAGAAUUAUUUAGUCAACAACAACUAUUAUUGACAUAGCAAUGUGAUGAUCACAUCAUCACCCUACCGGCAACCGGUUAUGAAAAAAAUAUAAAAUCGCAACCAGAACUAAUUAUGAAAUAAUGAAAUUCUAAAUUACGUCUACAAUAUUUUCCCCUUGCUCAGAAUGUAUUAAAAAGAGAGAGUGAGUAGCAAAACGUUGCAUUUUUGUAUUAUUUUCAUGGCAACAUUUCCACGAAUAUUUUUAAUCUGUGAUACAUAUGUCAGUGACAUAUCUUUGCCUUCGUAUAAUCAUACUAAAUAGACAAAAACGAAUAACUAGUGAGAAUAUUCAAUUUUUUACUCCAAUUUUUAUAUAAGACCAAAUAUUGAAUAGUUAUGCAACUUUUGACGCGCAAAGACUACUAAGCGUCGAGUGUAAGUUUUUGAGUAAACAGAACGCGUCACUGGUUGAUAUGUGAACCUUGUUAUACCUUGUUAUACCUUGUUAUAUCUAUAUUGCGAUAACUGUCCUCGCAAAAUUUUCCAUACCUCGGUAUGAGUUGAAGAUCACAGUUUGGUGCUCGGUUGACCCAACUGACGAAAUGGUCCUUAAAACCUUUCGCGUACUACGCCAUAAGCUGCCCAUUCGUUGAGUUCCAAUGUGCAAUUGCUAAAUUUCAGCCAGCUAAGACCCGUAUUCACAAACGUUACUAUGAGACCUCAUAGUAAUGAUUGUGAAUAUGGCCGUAAGUGUCUAAUGUUAGCAGGUUAGGUUUUAUUAUGUUCGGGGGCUGUUUAGGAGUUUAACUCAGGCUCAGACGUAGUUAGCAAGUUUUCUUUUGAAGCGAAGCUUCUAUAGCGUCGUGUAAACGGAAAAAAUAAAACAUCGUCACCGUUAACUUUUUGCACGGUUAAACUACUGUUUCGAACACAUAAAGCUCUGCGCGCGCACGUUCUAACCGCGCUUGCUUUGGAAACCUACUUUUUUUAAUAAAUACAUUUUUAAUAAGAAAUAUAAUUAUAUAUACUUUCUCGGGAAAACUAUACUUGCUUAGAAGUUUCGCUUCUGUCGGGCACAUGGACAAAUAAAGACAUCCCCCGACGCCACCCGUUUAUCCAAAAAGUUACACUCGGAGCUCUAAAAGUAAACAUCUAGUCAUCAAAACCGUGGGCCAAUUGUACAUAAUAAACCUACACACUUACACCCGCGGUCGAGAAAUCUGCACAAAACGUAACCAAGUAUUACAAAAAUACAUAUUAUAAUUUAUAUAUCAAUUCUAUAGCUUUAAGAGAACGGAAAUCUCGACACUGUAUAAAAUACAGUUAUUUUUGUCAUACGUGCCACUCUGAUUUUCGCGAAGUUAUCUAGAUUUUUCCGCGAAACGUGAAACUUGUAGAAUAGGCGUUACUUUUUAAGCAAAGACACGAUUUUUUGUCAUUUAAUGAAUGUUUAUCCGCCACGUUAAGGGUAAUAACAUAUUUUUGAAACGAGUCAAUUCAAAUUCCACUUUCUUGAUAACCUCCCUGAAUAAAAUGGUGGGUUUCGUAAAAUUCCACACAUUUUCCAAGUUAGCCUAAAUCUUAAUUGAAUAUUACUCGCUUACGAGUAAGCUUGCAGUCAAGGGCUAACUUCUCGAAUAAAAUAAUUUGUAGGUAAAUUACUUACAACUUAUUAUUUUUUAUUAAUACUUACGCAUGGCUAGAAUAAUAAGUGUGAGGUCAUAUCGCGUUUCAAAAAUAUGAUGCCCCCUAACUGUGGAUAUUACUUUAUAUAAUCCUUAUGAUUACUAAAACGAAUAUGUUACUAAAAAAUCGAAAUGUUUCUAAAACGUGUGACGAUUAUAUUACGAUAUACUAACUAUAGACGAACGAUCGAAAGUUAUUACCAUCACCUUGUACAUUCUAGACGAAAAUUUAGCCGAAUUUUCAGUUAGUUUUAUUUCAGGAAACAAAAUAGUCCGUCCCCAUGAUUGCUUUUAAAUACACUGACUAAAACAAUUUAACUGAAGGCUUUAAGGUUUACCAGUCAAUCCAUAGCACUAUGCCAUGACUAAAUUCGGGGACACAUCUUGCAUUAAAUGCCUUUGUAAUUAUUUCUCAUGUAGGUGGUAAUUUGAGGAUUAAUAUAGCAUCAGUUCAAUCCGUGACCUUGGAUUGAUAAAAUUAACACAGCAGCAAUUGCAAAAACUGAUAGCAAAACCUGUCGUCUAAUGGACCUUUGGACACAGAUUGUUUUGAUGCCAAAUUAAUUUCUAAUGGUUACCAAAGAUCGAGUCAUCGCACGGCGCUAUGAAUUGGGCGAGUAAUUUUACUUACACAAAACGCAAGGUGUACAAGUAUUGAUGAUAUAGGUAAAUUUACUAAAAAAAUCUCAAAAUCAUAGUCACGCACAAACAAUGUGAUCUUAAGAGUAACCCAAUACUUAUUCAAAAUAUGCCUUUAACUAUAGUGUACAAAAAAUAUUUUAAAGAUAUAUUGAAAACAUUUAUCUUCGAUUUCUGUAAUAUCGAGUUGUGCUAAACAAUAUAAUAUAAUACAUAUAAUCGAAUAAUCAUUUCACUAGGCCAAUUUUAAAGUGUAUGAAAAAAAAAUUUGCUUCAAAUAGGUAAUAGGGUACUAAGUACUUUUAUUAGGCUGAGUGCCCACUAUGUUCGGGAACCUGUAGCCUCCCACGCUCCUUUGACUGCUUUCAGAUGCUCGGUACGCCUGGAACUGUUGAAGAGCAAGAACGUAUAUAUUUUCCUUAUUUUUCCUUAGCUAACUUAAAAGAUAAAUAACUCUCUGAUUAUAUCUCGGAGAAAUAAAGUCAAGUAUCUUAAUCUGCUAGCCAGUUCGCGUCCGAGGCUUGAGAUGUUCUAUAGUUUGAUUUUUCUCUUGUUUGACAGUUUUAUUGUUAGUUAGUGAUAAAAGUGUGCUCGGUGCGUCACUUACGUGUUAAUGUGACAUGCGACUUUUUACCUUUUAAAUCAGUUAAGAAAGAAUACAUUCUAAAUUAGAGAGAAUCACGGAGCGCUACAAGUUCGCGAACCCAGUGGAGACUUAGCUUUAGAUAACGAAACUCACUAUGUUAUUAAUAAUAAUAAAAAUAUAAAAAAUUGUUUCCUUCAAAUAUUUUUUAAGAUGUUUAUAAAAAAGUUCGACGCGAAGAACAUAUAUUGUAAGGCAACGAAGAGACUUACCAACAUACAUUCCCUGAGACUGAGACAAAAUAGAAGAGGCUUAGAUCAAAUAAGAACAUAAAUGUAUUACAAAAUAAUUUUAAGAACAACUAAGAUGGUUACGGCAAAAGUUCACAUCGUUGAAAAGUUAAAACACGCAUGAAUGAUACGAGUAACUUUAUUUCUAUACUUCAGUUUCAUUACUCAGACUUAUAAACACAUAGUUCCUAGAGCAUUGCUGUAAUAAUCAUCAUCAAUCAUCAAAAAUAAUGUAUAACAUCGAUAUAUAGAAGCUUACAAAAAAGGUAUGUAAAUCUUAUUUCUCGAAUCGCAUUGCUAUUUAUUAUCAGUAAAUAUUAUCUCGGGCGUACCAAACUAUAAGCCACUAAGUUUUUGUGACUAAAUCAAUUUAGAAAAAAAUAUUUAUCAACUACUUUUAACGAUUUAAAUGAAUUAAUUUAUGUAUAGAAUAUUGUUACUCCUACAGUACUCUGUAUUAAAUAUUACAUAUCGAGCUUUAGUAAGAAAUAAUUGGCAACUUCAGCUUCGUAGAGCGUCGUCUCUGUCGUUCAGACUGACAAGAUGGCGACAAAAGUCACAUAGGUAUGUAUGAGUGACAGAGACGACACUACCAAGCCGAAGCUGCCGAUUUAUCUCUUUCUAAAGGUUCAGAUGUUUACUGCCGGGUACUGUACCUACUUAAAAAUUGACACCAAAUAUCUGUAAAUAAAUAAGUAUUAUCUAUUAUUACUGAUACUUUUGCCGUGGCCGCUUUAAUUUUAACAUCUGACAUAUUGAAUUGUGAUAUAAAUACAAAUGACAACCGUAUCUUAUAAGAACAUUAACAAAGGAAAACAUCAUUCCCGCCUCUUGUUUUAAUUAUUUGUUUGUCUCUGAACCCCUUUUCGAUAAAUCAGCUUUAAAUGUAGAAAAUAUGUGUCUUUGCUAUUAUGGCACUAUUGUCGGUCUUGUUAUUCUGAUGAAUUUUUAUUUUAUGGGAUUAUAAAAAUAAAGGCAGUUGUAGCUUCCGGAAUGUGUAAAUGUACGAAUUAAUCGAUGUAGUGAUAUGAUUAUUGCCUAUUUGACAUUUUCUUAAGCCAAUCUUUCUAAUCAUUGACAAGUUUAUGUAAAAAUUAGAUAAGAACGUCAGAUGUUCUAGAAGCGACUGCUGUGAAGAUUCAAAUCUAUUUGACCCUAACUCGCAGUAGCUAUCUCUUUUACUCUCUCAACCGAUAGAUUUUAUAUGUCAUGUAAUAUUGUUUGUAAUCAUUGUUUCUAAUAGUAUAAUCCGGAAUUCCUUUUAAAUACAAUACCUAAAGUCAAGAAUAGCAGGGCCGAAUGAAAUAGCAUAUCAAUAAGUAUGCACAUCUACUAAUGAAUUAAUUCGAUUAAAUAUCAACACCAAAGAGGUUUAAUAGGUAUGCAUACUUUGUGUCGUGGUAGCUAAGUACUAAAUACCAAUGUGAAGGGGACAGAGAUACUUUAUUUACCACCAAGACUUCAAUAAGGCUGUGAAACAACUUGAUUCGGUUUAGCUUUUCAAAUUGUAUCUAUCGAAAGUAAGGUUGGAAGAAUCAGAUAACUAUUACUUUUGUAUGUUUAAAGGUGGAUAAAAAUAGGUAUAAAACAUGCAGGCACUAGUUCAAUGUGUAAUAGUCAUCAAUGUAUAUAGAUGGGCCCUUCGAAGAUAAAAAACGCGCUCAAAAAGUCAAUAGAAUUUGCAAAAGUCUAUUGACUGUCAAUGACGAUGACGUAAGAUUCAAGCGUAUUUUUGCGGACGGCAUUGUAUGGGAAAAGCUAAUCCAUAUACAUCGAUGGUAAUAGUCAUAUUAAAAUGCCAUAAAUAUCAAUAUCGUGCCAUAUGCCAUAAACAAUAUAACAGAACCAAAACAAUGCUGUCCUUUUUUUAUUGAGAAUGAUGCAAAAAGGAUGCCAGCACUAUUAUCAAUAUUGGUUUACUAAACAAUUUAUUUCUAAAAUCAUAAUAUUGUUAUUCCGUUACUAAGUUACAAAAUAUGCAUAUCUGUUAUAACAAAGGAUUAGUGCCAAAACUGAAAUAUACCUGUAAAAUAUAUAUAGCCAUGUUAAAAGUCAUCUGAUUUCUACCAACCAAAUAUAGGGCAUGAUAAAUUAAACAAUCCCAUUUGUAUAAGAUUUUAAUAUCGUAAAUCAAUAUAAAUAUCUGCAACUGCCAAUUAAUAAAGAAUGCCAAAAUAAGUGGCUGAAUAUCAUGCCCUACUUUAAUAUGAUUUCAUUAGAACUUGCUCAAAAUGUUUUGCAUUUUAUAACUACAUGUUUUUGGGAUCCUAAAUCAUAAUUACUUACAUAUUUUUAUAAAGGUUUAAAUCUGAAAUAUGACCUGUCCGCUUAUAUGCGAUUAGACUACAGUAUAAUAUUAAAUGUAGUUAUUUGAAUCUGACUGGAUUGUACAAAAAAAUGAUGCUUAAACGAUCAUGUGAAGUUCUAUCAUAAUAAUUAAUACUUUAUUUGCUAAAAAUAUUAUAUCUGAAGAAUGAAGCGACGAAAUACAUUUUUUUUUGUUCUUUGAGUGAGUUUUAAAAAUCACGAAGCUAACCGAAUUGCCUAGAUUUAGAUCAAAAUUGUUGUACUUAUCCAUCUGUAGUAGUAAUAAAAGGGAAUGUGGAGAUGUAUUAGGAGAAUCAAGUGUUAAACAACUGUUAUCAAGAGUGUAUCGGGCCCACUUUCUCUCUUUUUUGUUUGUAUAUCAAUUUAUAUCUCUGCUAUGUUAUUUUCUAUUUGACCAGCGUAUCUUAAUAAAUCGGCGGGUACAGAAAAAUAUAGUAAAGGUGCAUUUACAAAUUCGCACGAGGUGCGAGAUGGGGCACAAGCCGUAUGGUCAUUCAUUCGUCGCUGGUUUCGUCUCGCACUCGCGUAGUAGCGAGAUUAUGCGCUGUUAGUCAAUUGCCAAUUGCAUUAGUCGCGUCGCGAGAACGAAUGUGUAAAUGCACGGUAAAAUCAUGCAGUCUUACUACUAUAUACUUUUGGUCGUGAAACUAAAUCGUCUAUGUUGCUAUAAGAUCGGUUGACACGUCUAAAGCUAGACUGGGAAGACUAGAUCUAUUUUAUUAAAUUUCGUAUUUCUUGAUUUGAAUUAAUAACACUUUACUAUUUAAUGUAGUCAAAAUAUUUCAGUGUCUAAAGCCUACAUUAUGUUGAAACAAAUUCGAUACAUUACAAAAAAAAUAAAUAAUUGUUAUGAAAAAAUUAUACAGAUUUAUAAUAUCGAUUAAUCGAAUCGGUAAGUUACGAAGUUAUGAUUGAAAUUUGGUACAUCACUAAAUCAAUUUAGUCUUAGAGAAAAUAACAAAGACAGAGUUAAUAAUUAAAAAUCAUUAUCGUUGCUGGAAAGUGGGCCGAGUUUUUAUAAUAUUUUUAUAAGUUUAUUUGUGUUUUGUAGAUCUUAAUAUUUUAUAUCUAUAUUACUUUGAUAUCUAUCACACAUUUCUUGAUGGUUAUAAUAUAUUUUUAUGUCGAAAUUUUCUAUUCAGUUCUAACGAAUAUAGGUGUUUGUUGGUUUCAUUUUAUAAUUUCUAUAUACUUAAUAUAAUUAGGCAUAGGACGCGGAAUAAGAGCCUACAAAUACGACACACUUACAAAAUGAAAAAUAACUCAAAACAUCUUAAAAUGCACAUAAAAACGACUAUAUAAAACAUGCCAUUUUAUUUUGGCCACAAGACGGUUACAGACGUAGGAGUAUAAGAUAUGAAACGAGGGUUGUUAUGGCUACAUUUAAGGCCUACGAAUAUUGUCAGCUGUCACAAAAAUCGAAUGCGCUCCGGAAACCACUCUGCUAAUAUAUUUUAUACUAGACUCCGCAGAUCAGUCAGAAAGACAGACGAUUUCUGAUGCUUAGCCUAAUUUAGUAAAAACUUAGCACGCAAUGAAAAAUGUCGAUUUUGCUCUAUUUUUGUUACGGAGUCAAUAAUUCUAUAAAUUCGUCUCUUAUUGUUGAAGUGUAACUGGUGAUUACCCGUUCUUAUGUUUCAAUAUGGCAUUAGUGUCUAAAUAGACGGACCACACGACAGCAAAAAUAUAAAUAUCCUUAAGGUAAGUGAAGAAACAAAAUAUUCUGAUAAGUAUAGUAAUUAUGUAAAUAUUCACAUUUUUUUGGUUCAAAACCAACACUAUGUUCAUUCUUCACGUUGAAUCAUUUUCCAAGUGAACAUCACUUUUUAAAGAAUGUCGCAUGUAAAAUGCUGAUGCGACACAAAAUAAAAGUGUACAAUGUACAUGCGAUAUAUUAUCGAAGACGUGCCGACCGUUCGUUGUCGCAUCUCGUCGUGUGCUCGCAAUGCCUUUGUUCGCCCCAACUGUACUCAGAUUGGCGCGGAAUCGGAGCGGAUUUCGAAAAAUUUGCAUAUUGAUCUCUAUUUCUAUUACGCACGUGUCAAUGUGAAGCGAUCCCAUCUUCAGCGGUUUCUUAUCAUUUUGACCGCUGCGGUGUGGCUGUGGCACGCCUGAAAGUUGCCUUACAUUUUCAUACACUUUCCAUGAUACGGGCGCGGUUUACAAGUAACUUUAGUGACUUCAAUACAUGCGUACAGUGACGGCUCUCGGUGCGCGUCCUAUGCGUCGUAGUUUACGCGUUAUGUAUAAGUGACAUAGUUUUUAAACCUAACCGUUAAUGUUCACGUACAACCUUUUGCCUUGGACCGCUUGUUGUAACGGUAGAUAUAUAUUCAAAUAUAUUUGUCUGUUUGCAUAUUUUAUUAAAUAUUAUUAAAUUUUAUCAGAUUUAUUACUUAAAAUGCUGUGUGCGGAUGCGCGUUUAACAGUUUUUGUGUUAUUUUUGCCAAAAAUGCUUGACUACCUUAAAUUUCAUAUAAGCGAUUUAUAUAUACCUACUAGUAGGUAUGCUUGUAGUAUAGUAAUUAUUAAAUAAUUAUUAUGAAAAUUAUAGCCUUGUAUACAUAUAGUAUUUUAUAUUAACAGGUAUAAACUAUUAAAAUAAAUAUUUAAUAUUCAAAACUACCAAAAUUAUAAAUAUGUACUGCCUUAUGACAUUUAGAUAACGGUGGUGAUCUACCUAUAAGUUCAUUUACUAUUAAAUAUUAAUAAAUAUUUUCUCUAAAUAGUUUCUCUGGAAGAGGCCAUGACCUGAAAAGGGUUCUUCAUAAAAUAUUAUUUAGAUAAAUUAAAUUAUGUAGCUAAUUACUUUAAUAUUUAGUAUUUUUUCAUAGUUUAUAAUGCCAUACUAAGAUAGAGAAGAAAUAAAAGGCUUUUUUUAUUUUAUUUAUUUUAUUAAUAAAUAUACAGAAAAGUCCCGCCAAAUGCGGAUGAAUAUUAUUUUUAUUAUAAUCUGCUUAGCAAAUGUAAAAAUGCAUUAAUAUACCUGUUGAAUCUGCUUAAGAAUAUGAUAAAGAAUUGCGUCCAUAAUUUGAUUUGAUACAGAAACAAAUCAAGUGCUACAAUUACUUUUUUUUUCAAGAUUUAAAGUUUUAAGGAAUACGUACUUAUGUUGAACUUUUUAUCAUAAUAUCUACGCGUGUUUUCAAUAACAAUAUAUUAUAGAUAUAAUAUGCUAUAUUUUUUCGAUUCGGUUAUAUUAUUAUAUAACGAGAACUAUUGAUCAAUGAGCAAUACAAUAACAAUAACAAUGAACCAAUAGUAAUAUUGGAUAUAUACUUAAUUAAAUAAUCUUUAUUGUGAUACGUUUAUCGCCUUUAUUAUGAAAGAAAUAUCAUGAAAAAAGCAUAUCAAAGAUUGUAAUUUCUGCCUUGUGAGCUUAAAUGUUGCAUUUUCAUGAAUUCGCUACUGAAGUAGGAGGUAUGUGUGAGUAAAGUUCUGAUAUUAAUGAUCGAAUACGAAACGCUGCUUAAUAUUUAAGCGCACCUCGAGAAGAUCUGACGUUUCAAUAUAAAAUUGUAAGUGUCUAGAAAGCCACAAACGGUCGUUCGAUUUGAAAAAAUUAUACGGCCACAAAUGAAAUUAUUCCAUUUGAAAUUGAACCUUAAUAGUUUGCGUUAAGAAACAAUAAAAGCUAUUUUAUUUAAUUUUAAAAAAUGUUGUUUGAAUGACCGCUUGUGGCCGUCUAGAAACUUACUAUAGUUAUUUAAAAACGUCAAAUUAAUUUAAGAUGUACUUAAAUUAUAAGAAGCGUUUUAAUAUUCGUUUUAAACCAGCUAUUUAAAACUGUUAAAAGCCGCAUCUUGAUUUUUAUUUGAAAAUCAAUCCAGCAUCGUUAUAAGGCCUGUACUUAUCCGUUUCGAAUUUGGCAAAACCGUGUACCGUUAAAACUCAAUAAUGUAUUUUUUCUAUAUUAUUAUAAUAUUAUAGUUACAUAAACAUAUAUGUCACUAAUAAAUAUGUUCGUAUGUGUAGCA